GGGGCGGCGGCGCGCCCCGGCAUGGGCAGCCGCGGGGCCCGGCGAUGAGCGCUCCCCCGGCCGCGACCCCCCGCGCGAAUAUGGGCACAGCCGUGUCCAAAAGGAAGACGCUCAGGAACGAGGCCAUGUCGUCCGUGGCGGCCAAAGUGAGAGCGGCGAGGGCUUUUGGAGAAUACCUUUCACAAAACCAUCCUGAAGGCAGAAAUGGCUCAGAUCACCUGCUAGCAGACUCCUACAUCGGGCAGGAGGACUCCCCUGAGCUGCAGCAGGUGGCCCAGAACAAGCGCAGGCUCUCGGUCAUCUCGGACGGCAAAUUCGAGAGGAGCUUCACCGAGGAGCAGGCGGAGAAGCUGCCGAGCGAGGGCCCCAAGCCACGGGUGUACACCAUCUCUGGGGAGAGGCCCAUGCUGUCGGAGCACGAGAACGACAGCAUGGAGCUGGUGGUGAUGAAGGGAGCUGCCCACGAGGAGUGUCACCACGGGCACCAUGAUGUCCCCAUACGAACCUGGUUCCCAAAGGAGAACCUCUUCAGUUUUCACACUGCUACCACAACUAUGCAAGCCAUCUCGGCGUUCAGGGGCUACGCAGAGAGGAAGAGACGGAAACGAGAGAAUGAUUCUGCAGCUCUUAUCCAGAGGAAUUUUCGGAAGCACCUCCGCAUGGUGGGGAGCCGAAGGGUUAAAGCACAAACAUUUGCCGAACGGCGUGAGAGGAGCUUCAGCAGGUCCUGGAGUGACCCGACUCCCAUCAAAGCUGAUUCCUUCCAUGACUCUCGAGAAAGCCAUGACCUUCAGGAUUCCUGCGGGACUCUGGAUGGUGACUUUGACUUGAACUGGGAAGCAGAAAAGGAACUUGAAGCCAUGGCAUGUGACGGAGAAGACUUUAUUCCACCAAAAAUAAUGCUCAUCUCUUCCAAGGUGCCCAAAGCUGAGUAUGUCCCAACAAUCAUCCGCAGGGACGACCCCUCCAUCAUCCCCAUCCUCUAUGACCAUGAACAUGCCACCUUUGAUGACAUCCUGGAGGAAAUAGAGAAGAAGCUGAACAUUUAUCGGAAAGGCUGCAAAAUCUGGAAGAUGCUGAUAUUUUGCCAGGGAGGCCCCGGGCACUUAUACUUGUUAAAGAACAAAGUCGCCACUUUCGCCAAAGUGGAGAAGGAGGAAGAUCUGAUCCUCUUCUGGAAGAGGUUGAGCAGGCUGAUGAGUAAAGUCAAUCCUGAACCAAAUAUCAUCCACAUCAUGGGCUGCUAUGUUCUUGGAAACCCCAAUGGGGAGAAGCUAUUUCAGAAUCUGAAAAACUUAAUGAAUCCUUAUAGGGUUGCCUUUGAGUCUCCACUUGAACUAUCAGCUCAAGGUAAGCAAAUGAUUGAGACUUACUUUGACUUCCGCCUUUACCGCCUCUGGAAGACCCGCCAGCACUCCAAACUGUUGGAUUACGAUGACAUUUUAUGAGCUGGAGAAGCCUUUGCAAGAGGAAGCUCAUCACCAGUGUCCAAGAAGUCAUGCUUUAUUGCAGAGAGACUUUUUUAUUGGCACGGGGAGCCCUUCACAGCCCUACAGGAGGCAGCAGCGCUAAAGGGAGGGAAGGAGGAGCCCUCGGAAGCAGGAAAAGGCUCCUGGGCCAGGAGAGACUGCAGGGACGGGGGUGACAAUGACGGUGACACCUCGCUGGCCUCAGUCCGAGCCCCGGGGCCUCAGGAGGAGCUGUGUGAAACGAGGACAGGAUGGAGUUCCUGGCAGAACUGAGCUGUUUUGGGUCAGAAUGGGCCAGAUUUGAUUCCAGGUCCUUUUAAAGACUUUUGAAGCUCAGGUUUUCUUACAAAAAAAAAAAAAAAACAACACAAACCCAAUUAACCCAUGCACUACAGUGAAGAAGUCACCAGAGCACAGAGGGAGCAGGGGGUUGUCCUGGUGGGACUUUCUGUGCUGGGAGUCCUGGAGAGCAAGGACUGCUACACCUACUCCUGCAAGCUUAGAGCAAGAUGAUCCCAUUUCCAUGUGAAUAUAUACUGGGAUAUAGAAUUGAAAUCUUUUUUGUUUGUUUUGUUUAAUAGAAAAUAAGUGCAAUUUUUAUAGCGAGGGAGGGGGUAAAAUCCCUCCUGAUAUUUAAUUAGUUAAAAAUAACACACCAUAACCAAUAGAUGAGGUAUUUUUGGUCUGCUUGAAAAUAUAUUCAGAAUGGUAAUAUAUCUUCUGUAGACAUAUUUAAUCACCAGCAAACAUGGUUUUAACAUAAGUUAGCAGACCCUGCAUGUCUGCUGCAUUGGUUUGGUUCCUUUCAGAGUAGCUGUGCUGCACUACCUGUACGUGCUCUCACCAAUGUGUAGUUCUCCUCCAGUUAGCCACAACUUCAUUACUUUCUACUUUGCUGCUUGCAAAACUAUGGAACUUUAGUUUUGCUGAACUACUUUAGGUUAGAAACACGGGACCUGGCUGGGAAUCCUCUGUCAGGCUCGCUUUGGUAUAAAAAUGAAUUAGAAAUCAAUAGCCAUGGUAAUGAAUUGUUCAUGCCAGUGUUUUGCUGUGUGUUGGGAGAGGAGCUCUCUCCUGUGUGGAGACCCCUCAGAGGGGGCUGAGCACUGAGGCAUUUGGGAGAAAUGCUUCUGGAGGGACACAGCACAGGCCUGGAGCAUGAGUUGGACUCGUUGUUCACUUGAUUGCCAGUUGUUUGUGCAGAACCCACCCCUUUUCCCUGACCUGUUUCUUGGUCUGAGCUGCUCAGCCCCUCCCUGUGGAGGACAGAGAAAACCCUGAGCUCUGUCAGGGCAGCCUGAGAGCUCAGGUCUGUACUUGGUAUUUGAUGGUAACUUUUGAAAUCUAUUUAUUUUUGUUUGGUUGGGUAUGGGGGUGCUUUUUUGGUUUUGGGAAUGGGGCUUUUUUCACAUUCUGCUGUCCUUUCAGAGGACAAAUAGUACUUAGAGUCUAUGUAGGUCACUGGCAAUUCUGGGAGGUGACACAAGUUAUUUCUUUUACAAGCAAAGGAAGGAACAGGGAAGGAUUACUUUAUUUUCCUGAUUUCCUGCUAUCUCAAAUUUCUUGAUUGUGAAGUGAAGGAAAAUACAUGUACAAAUCUUCUUUUAAUUACUUACAAAGAGAACUUGGUGUUCUGAUCUGUAGAGUCCUCCUUCCCCCUGUGGUUGUGAUUUUGGGAGCAGGCCCCUGGCUAGAACUGCUGAACCCUUUACAUUUAGAGCAGUUUUAUAGCAAAACUUUUGAAGAAAUAAUGUACAUACAGUCAGGAGAGGAAUGGGUGGAGAGAGGUAUUUAAAGUCACUGAAAGCCUCACAGACAGGUGUGGGCUCUUGGGAGCUUUGGUGGCCACGUCUCAUCCCUGGACUCAGUCAGGUUUGCCAGACUUACAGUGAAGGGGAGAACAGGCACCAGUCUGUAGCUUUUGGAAGAAAAUUGUGCCAGAUAUAAAAGAAAAAGAACCCCAAAUUUAUGCCAAUUCUGUUUAACAUUGGAGCUUCCACCAGCUCUGCGUGAGAGGUGGGAGCCAGAGGUGCACUGAAAGCACAAAGUCAUGUUAUCUGGAGAAGGAAAUGGCUGUGGGAAGAUUGAAAUGCUGACACAAAACUCUCUCCCUUUCUGACCCUUUCACCUCCUAACUGGAGACAGGCAAACUGUUCUUCCUUUCUCAAAUCCCAAUUCAGUGAACUUGGUAGCAUGAAUGUAGCAUUGUGCAACUAUUGAAAAUCUUAUUUAACCCCCAAAGGGCCCAUUUAUGUAUCCACUUGAGUGAUUUCUCUGUAGAAUUGUUGUAUAUCCUCACUGACCACUUGUACUACUUGGGGUGCAAAGUAGAAGGUAGAUUGUACAGUAAUUUCUGUGUUGGGAUGGACACUAUGGACUGUUCUGGUGCAGUUUAUGGGAUAUGACAACUGGUGAAUGCAUUUCCCUCCAAAGAUCUAUAUUCCUCAUAGCUUGUGAUGUUUAUGACAUGAACAUAUUUUUUCCUUUGUAGCAUUCAUAUGCCUAAAGAGAUGAAAUUCUCUCAGAGCUGUGACUGGAAUAGAGUUGUGAUGUUUGA